CAGGUUCAGGAGCACCUGGUGCUGCAAGAGAUAUUGAGUUUCAUUUCCGAUUCCUUAUACAGUUUUGCUUUUCCCGGCUACGUAGCCUUGUCCUCGUACGGGCAGAAUUGUAAAGCAGACUGCAGGCAUAGCGUCUUUCGCUAAAAUAGAUUUCAUUAUUUGUGUUUGCGAGCAAAAUUUGCUCUCAAAAAAUCUUCAAGCGUAUUUUCAUACUAUUCUUUCGCCCAGCGACUCAGCUCCGUCCGCGCCGUUGGCUACAAGAUGGUGGAGCCGCAGCAAAAAAACCUGUGGGCUCGGACGGGCCGUGCAGCGGCGCGUUACCUAGUGGUCCUGCAGUUGUUCUUAGGGGCCUCGUGUGCGUCGGCUGCUUCACGCAGUAGUGCCUCUACUCACGAUUUUCAUCCGCCAUACCCCGCGCACGAUCGUUACAGGAGUCCAGCGGACUACUACCGGACCUCCUCGGGCGACGUCGGUUCCGGAGGCUACCCAUACAAUCCCGACCCACGGCUCCGGAGCGCACCCGCAGACCAGCACAGCCAGGUGGUGUACGCCCCUGCGCCGUCCGCGAACCAAGCGAGGUCUCAAGCAUCUGUGAAAUUUUCAAAGAUCGAGGAUGACAUGGAGGUGUACGUGCUCCACGCGAACGAAGACAUGAUGAAGUCCUCCCUGAAGGUGAAGGAUUGGGACCUCCGGCUAAUGCGUGUCGACGAUGCAUCUACAAUGCCAGCGCUCUCCCCGACCAAAACAGGUGGAAGGGGCGCUCCCUUCAGGGGACUUCGUGGGGUUGCAAGGUACGAAGUCACGUCGGGGGGCAAACGCGCUUACUACUACGGCCCACCGUCCUCCCUCGACGACAAGGACGGGAACGCGAGGAAGUGGUACACAGAUACGCUAAGUGCAGCCCUCGAUGCGGCUAAUUUUAAACUUCAGGAAGAAGUAAAUGCGGCGGCGGCAAACGUCAGGGGCGAUAAGGCUGAGACCACUCGUGCCCCAGGAAGACGGAUAUUGAUCAGUGGGUUCAAAGGGCAAUUGCCGCUGCUUUUCGUCAAGAGGCAGACCGCGCUCCCCGAGUGGAUGCAGAAGAUUACGUCGAUCAGGCCGCUUAACCUUCUGUGCUCGCCGCACAACGACACUGGAGGUCGCAAAAGUACAAAAGAGCAGCGAGCUUUCCCGGAUUUCUUUGACAAUAUUAAAGACCCCGCCGCGUUUGAGGGGGAGCUACAAAGAUUCAUUCGGAGUUUUGGAAACCUUUUUAACGCUAAUGACGAGGUGGAAAGCGCUGCGUUGCGCAAGUUCUUCGUAGACCGAGUAGUCAACGUGAUUGUUUAUCCUCAAGACGUGAGAAUUGCGAAGUGGUUGUCGUAUACAAAGCACAACGUCAAUGGCGCCCGCACCGACGUGCUCGUGCGUGCAGGUGGCGCCCUCCUGGUGGGGCCGGUACUGGACGCCGCGGGCCAUGGCAUAGCUACGGCAGCCAAACUGGCGGUACACAAACUGGCGGUCAUGCCUUGGUUUCAGACGAAGGUCCCCUUGGGUAAAUGGGAUCAGCAGCUCGACUGGUUAGCUGGAAACGCUGGUGGAUGGUGGCGCGCGGCGCUUGUCGACGCGGGGGCGGAGACGCGGAGCAAGGGACGGGCAAGUCUUUUCAAUUGGGGCCUAAUUGCUGAUCCAGACUCGCUGGCCGCACUAAAGUCGGCGCUUUCAGGAGAACGAGCUGCUGCGCACCGCGAGGCGGUAGAACAAGUCUACGGUGCCCUGAAAAAGGAACUUCCCCCGCGCUCCAGGCCAGCGUCGAAGUUUAUGACGUGGCUGAAGAGUAUUUUUUCCGCUAAACCCCAAGGGCUUCCAAGAGAUCCUGUGGGACGCGUGGUCACCUCGUUCUUUCCGCCAGGUGGCAGCAAGGUGGCGCGCAUCAUGAAGCACGAGGGCAAAAAGGUGGCACCAAAGUUUGUAAAAGAGUGCGUACAUAAAGCUGCGAAUGUGCCGAAAUUGCGCGACACGGUAAGCAAAAUGUUUCCAAACACGUUCGACGAGAUCCAAGAAAGGGUCGAAAAAGGUGUGGUGGACCUCUGCGACAAACUACUUUCCGAUGAAGGCGCCAAUAACGACGACGAGCGGCGUGCCGGACUGCUUUUCACAUACGGUUCCCUUGUAGACUACGCGAGGGAAGCGGACCAGUUUUCGCAGCGCUACUUUGAUAUCUUGGACGCCAACGAGGAUGAGUUUCGGACGUACAAGUCAACGCAUGUCCAAAUUCAGCACAGGAUCGAACUGAUGGAAGAACUUUAUCGGCUCACGAUCGAGCCGUCUGCGGACGUCGGGGAGCAUUUUUUGAAGAGUUCGCGUUCACAAUCAAUUUUGGAGCGGGAGCGCAAGAGGAAGUACUUUCUGGAUUCGAUGAAGACGCUGUGGCGCGAAAGUGAGAGGAAGAUGCUGCCCGGGCCUUACGAGCCGGAGGAGGAGAGUUCGCCUUCUGGCGGGACGGACAGCAUGCCCCGCAUCAACUACGCUUACACACAGGAUGUACAACGGUACACCGAACACUUGACGCCUGUACUCUUCCAGCCUGAGUACGACUUCAUGUUGAGCUACACGAACAACAAUCGAGACGUUGACUUGACGCGGGAGCGCGCAGAGAGGCUACACUUGCACGGCGGAGAAGAUUACUUUGGUGUGGAACAAGAUGACCCCGAUAAACCGACAAGCUUUUACGAGUUGACUACGCACUGGUUGUUUGCUCCGUCGGAAGAGAGCUUGAGCAUUUUUUUGAACAAGUACGGUUGCGCGAUCCGCGUCCAGCGAAUGUUGCGUCCGUCCUGGACAGAAGCGGAGCGCGAGAAACACGUCCAGGCUUUCGAGUCAAAACUGCGCGAGUCUUAUCCAACUGGUACUCCUCUUCCUGAUGCCAUUGCCGUCACCGUGGACAAAGAUGGCAAGAAGAAAACCGAAGAUCCGAUCAGCCGGUACCGCACGGACGCGAAGCUGCUUGCUGCCGACCACAACCAGGACGCUAGUCGGGACGAGAUUAUCGCAGAUUUGGGGGACCGCUUCAUGUCCCUUUUUGUCGCUGAAUUUGGUAACGCUGCAUACGCGGCUUGGGCCCAGGACUUCUUGACAGCGCUGGCGAGGAGCAGCGAGGAAAAAAUGCGGGAUUGGUUGCUGGCCGCCUUCCUCCCAAGGCCACAGAGACUACAGUCGGCCGAUCGUCAACCAGGGAGCUCCUUCCAUGGCUUUCUGCGCGGUGCAAAACGAGACCAAAUCCGUGAAGGAAUAAGUCAAUGGGUCCGGGACGCUAUCGAAGGCAGAUAUGUCUGGGUCUGGAAGUUUGUCAUGCAUCUCGCGGACCACGCAGAUGAUCUGGAAUGCUAUAUGCACGCAAAAGUGGUACAGGUUUUGCGCAGGUGUCUUGAACUUGAUGCCUGUGCCGCCUCUUAGCUUCCCUUUUUGCGUAGCAAGGUAUGGGUAGCUUUUGGAGUUCAUGCAACAAAAAUUUUUGCGUGAUCCGACUUUUGCAUCACAAGACGCAACUCUACUUCCAGACUCAGACACGUUUGCAAUUGACAGAAGCAGGUGAAUAUAUGGUUUCAUCUUCUCUUAGAAGCAGUAUGAUUUUGCGAAAGUAUCGUACUCGUACUGAUCGAAGUCAUGCAGUGCAAAUCCCUUUCUCUAGGAACAUCUACCAAAAUACAAACUUUAUGGCUCGUGCUGAGAAAAUUAUCUGUCAUGCGAUUUAUACUAGUGCGGUGCUUUAGCAAUGCAUACGGAGGGGAAGCAGGCAAAGGACCCCUAGUAGAGGGGACGAAUUUUUAUUGGCCUUGCUUGAGCUAGAUGUAAUCUACGCCAACGCCGCCGUGUCGCCGCUUAAUAGAAUGGAUGACGAGCUCCGCGGGGAGCUGGAGGUGAGGACGAACGUGAAUGCUUGGCAAAAGUCGAACUUCUACCUGGAGGAACGAUUUGUCCCCGGAACGGCUGAGUGGGAACAAGAGGAGAAGAGCAAGCUUCCUAGCAUCGUCGACGCCAUGUUCGAAGAAGUCGAGAAGCGCAAGGACUUCGUACAGUUCGUCAUGCCCGCGCGAAGCCGCAUGGGACCAGAGCACAAAUUUUUGCAGGUGCCCGCCCCUCGACAGGAUGAAAAGGACCCUCGCCACGGGCCCGCGCGCUACUUUGUCCGGGUAUUACUUCUCCCGCUCCUCGAACAGGUUCUGCAAGAACGGCUGUUUCGACUCGAGCUGCGAAAGAAAAUUUUGUUCGAGACGGCCCUGCGGGUGCUGCUCAAUGGCGCCAAGAGGGCGGAUCCCGAAGCAGUGAAAACGAAAAAGCUCAAGGACCUUUUCGGUUUUGGCGACCCAGACGAUCAUCGUCCAAUCCACAGGGCGCACAGAUCAUCCGGAGCUUCCUCCACGGCAAUAAGUGGCCAAGCCUCUAUGCGUGGCAAAUAUAUCUGCAUCUGGUUCUGGUGCGCAUUUCAGAUGAAUAAAAAAAUAAUUGCCAACAUGCAUGGACAACAAAAGUUGCCCGUUUUCUUAUCACCGAAAGUGAUGAUUUGCCCUGCGGAUCUUCAGGUGGCAUUGACAAGACACCUCCUCAAAACCUGUGAUGUGAGGGCUGGCAUACCAUACGCAUACCUUCUUGGUCAGACGAAAACAGCAUGACGAUCAUCUGCGUUCAUCCAGAGAACCCGGACAUAUUUGCAUUUGAUAGCCCCGAGCGGGCAAUCACGGAUAGCCCCGAGCAGAAGCGAGCAGCGCGAACCCUGUCCAGAACCUGGCCUGAGCCCAGCUUCUUCUUCCGGAAGGAGCGGUCUGCAGACCAAGGUCCGCCGUGGCCCCGACGGACAUGCGACUAGACCCCGGAUUAGCCCACACUACGACAGGGACUGGUUUAGAGCAGACUACAAAGAAGCGACAGCACCGCGGCAACUUACAAGCAAGGCUAGAGGAACGGCGACCUCAAUACCCACGGACCGUAAAUACGACUUUUUCGAAUUGUCAGAGUGACAAACUGUUCGUAAUGCUCAGAGUGAAUGAUAGCCGCACUGCAUUGCGCAGCUAAGCAUGGCCAAUUUUUGAGCUGCUAUGUGUUGCGUAGUUCGCAUAGAGGUAGGAAACUGCGUUUUUGCAUGACAGGUCGGAGGGCAUUUUCGUGCCCAUGCAUGACAGAGACAGACUCUCGCGUCAUGUCAGAGUCAGACCACAUGCAUAAUAAAUGCAACAGUCUACUUCCAGACCCAGAUUAUAAUAUAUUUGCAAUGCAUAAUGCAACUGGACGAGCUCCAACACGAAGAUUAUAAUGUACUUGAUUCUGACGAAGCUAAAGACAACUCUGCUUAUUCCGCGCUCAACUUAUUACUUCAGCAAACAGCUGGCAUCAAAAAAUAUCACGCUUUUGCUUUCUACAUUUUGUAGACAGAUACGAAAAUUAUCAUGCUCUCUAGAUUUUGUUUAUUUUGAGCAUGUAGUGGCAAAAGUCACAAACUCUAUGGAGCACGUAAGAUUUUGCAAAAAGUCUGUAGCUCCUCACAUUUGUUUUUGUGCGUAGUUGUUAGAAAGACCAUGUAACACUCACACGCGCCAGCAAGUUUUGGAGAUACCUCAAUGCUACCUAAAGAUGAAAAAUCUCAGCCGUUUGGGAUUUCCGCUAGGUACAGGUCUCGCUUUUGUUUGGCUAGACGCAAAUGAUAGUUUCGAAAAAACCAAUAGAGAAGCAGAAUUUAUUGUAGUUCAUCACAGCAUCGAGAUGUACCGAAUACGAGCUGAUCUGUACCACUUUAUAUUUAUUUCUGAUCAAUAGCAACAGCAUUUCGGGAGAAGUGCAAUCAGAUCUACCAAAGCUAUAACCAUGCCAGCAAUAAGACGUACUUUCGUAUUUAGAGGUAGAAAGCGUCCCGCACCUACGUGCGUGCCUUCACGACCCUCAUCAAGUUCAGCUGUUUGAACCCGAUGGGGUAGAUGGGGAAAUAUUUUGUGAACCCAAGCAUCCGCGCACCGUAUAAUUUUUGAUGCAUACGAAGAUACAAAAUGGAAAAUGGAAAUGUACUUUCGACAGCUAAUUUUAACGGAACACGGAGAUAAUUUGGGGUGGCGUAAAAAUGUGAAUAUUCAUCGCUGACAGUGCGAUUGACAUUAACUACUUUUCGCAUCGAGAUCAUGCCGCUUAUUUCAGAAGUCUUUAGGACCUACAGGUAUAAU